GCGGAAAGCUGCGAAGGAGUUUUUUUUUUUUCUUGUUUUUACCAUCUGUAACAACUCUGUUCAUCGGCUUGCAAAAGCCCUAAUCUUGCUUAAUUAUUCGUCGCCCCGCGACACAAUUAGCCGGCCGAUCUAGUGGUCUGAUCGUACGAUGUUUGAUUUUGGCCGAUCUGGAAGAAAGAGCGCGAUUCAUGAUCUGACACUGUGAUUCAUCACUUUGUUCUUUGGUGAUUCGGUUCUUUCUUUCUUGGAUCUGAUGCCUUGAGCUGUGCUUAGGUGGUUAUGGUAGGUCUUUUAGGGUGUUGCUGCGAGAAAGCUCCUCUGCAAUGAGUCCGGGUGCGGCGGGUGCGGAGGAGGGCGAGAAUCCUGGGGCUCUUCAGAUGGAUGAUGACGGUGCGAUGGAAGCUCGAUUCGCUAACCUUUGCAAGAGCGUAGCGGGGAUUGAUGAGGGCACCGCGGAGGAGGCGCUCGCUCUUUUUGGGGAAAGCAAGGAAAUCCUGUUGGGAAUCAUGUCGUCGGUUGGAAGCGGAACGCCGGACGUGGUUGAGAGGUUUUGGUCUGCUUUCCUUCUCUAUUGCGUCGUUAGGCUUUGCACUGGGAAGGAGACACAUGAGAGCAGUGAUGGAAGAGUGAAGCUAUCCCAGAUUCUGGAGGCGGCUAAGCUGAAUGCUCUGGUUUUUUUCAAAGAAGUAUCUCAUUUUGCUCUUAAGGCUGAUAAUGUUUUAUCCAUUCAUUAUGGCCCGGAUUGGGAAAAAAGGAUUGACUUGAAGGAGCUGCAUGCCAAUGCUGAUCAACUCUGUUGGCUCAGCAGGUUCUACAAGAAAGCUUAUCACCAGCUUUUCAAGGUGAGUGCCAGUUGUAGUGGGAGAAAACUUCUAGUUUCCAGUCAUGAAGAUUAUGUCUCAGAUUACCAUUGUUUUGGGUGGCUGCUAUUUUUGGAGUUGCGUGCUCAUUUAUUCAGCCACUUUAAAGAUUUGGUUACAUAUACUAAUGCAUUGGUUUCAAUAUUGGCCAUUCUUAUUCUCCAUGUUCCCACAAGCUCGAGGAACUUUGUCAUUUCGGAUUCUCCUUUCUUCACUAAGAAGUCUGGCAAAGGUGUGGAUCUUCUUGCAUCUUUGAGCCAGAGCUAUGACGCUUCUGAAGUGGAGUUGUGGAGAAUGACGGAGAAGGUUAAUAAAUUAGUUGUUGAUGUUUUGAAGAAGAAACCAUGCCAUGCUUCAGAAUGUAAAGCUGAAAGUUUAUAUAACAUAAACACAGAUGAGCUGAUAUAUUUUGAGGAUUUGUUAGACGAGAAGUCUCUUCGGAGUAAUUUAUUUAUUCUGAAUAUGGAUUAUGAUGACAUUAUAAAAAGUAAAGUUGAACUUGACGAGCGCAUAUUUCUCAAUAUUGAGGAUAGGUUAGAUGUUAAUGGAAGCUUAAACUUUUCUGGGGAUGCAAUUAGUGUGUCUCAUGGAAGGGACAACGUUGCCUUAGUUAGCACUCCGGCGAAGUCAAUUAUAAACCGUGUUGCCUCUCAUCCCGGCGCAUCACCUCCCAAUGGGAAUUUUGUGGGCAACUCUAGAAUGGCUCAGUGGACACCAGUGAGCUCCACCAUGACCACCGCAAAAUGGCUUCGUGAAGUUGUUUCUCCACUGUCUUCUAGACCUUCAUCCGGGCUUCACCAUUUCCUCACGUUCUGUGACACGGAUUUAAAAAGUCCUGUUAUCCAUAGAGCCAACGUCAUAUUGGAGGCCAUUUUCCCAACUCAAUAUGGAGAGCGGUGCAUUCAUGGAAGUCUUCAAGGAGCAAAUAUUAUGGAUAGUGUGUGGGCAGAACAGCGGAAGUUAGAGUCUCUAAAGUUGUAUUAUAGAGUAUUAGAAGCAAUAUGUAAAGCAGAAUCACAGAGACUAAGUGACAAUAAUCUUACUUCAUUAUUAUCCAGCGAGCGAUUUCAUCGAUGCAUGCUUGCUUGUGCUGCUGAGCUUGUUUUGGCUACCCAUAAGACUGUCACCAUGAUGUUUCCUGCUGUGUUGGAGAGAACUGGAAUUACGGCUUUUGAUUUGAGCAAAGUAAUUGAGAGUUUUGUGAGGCAUGAGGAAACUCUUCCAAGAGAGUUAAAGAGGCACUUGAAUUCGUUGGAAGAACGACUUUUAGAGAGCUUGUCAUGGGAAAAAGGUUCUUCUCUUUAUAAUUCCUUGAUUGUAGCGAAGCCAGCUUUGGCUACUGAUAUAAAUCGGUUGGGCCUAUUAGCAGAUCCCAUGCCAUCACUUGAUUCAAUUGCUCUGCAUAAAAAUAUUGCUGCCAUAGGAACCCAACCUUCUACUUCCCAAAAGCAUGCAUCAUCAUCAGGCCGAAAUGGAGAGUCAAGAUCUCCAAAGAGAUUGUGCAGUGAAAACAGAGGUGUAGUGCUGGAUCCUAAUAUCUUAAAAUCACCUGUGAGGGAAAACCAGAUAGCCUUCAAUAGUCCCAAAUCCAAAUUACCAUCUCUUCAGUCUGCAUUUGCAAGCCCUGCAUGUCCAAAUCCAUCAACCGGUGGUGAACCUUGUGCUGAGGCUGGGAUCAGCACUUUCUUUAGCAAGAUUUUAAAAUUGGCUGCUAUCAGAAUCAAAAGUCUGUGCGAAAGGCUUGGAGUGCCUCAGCAUUUUUUAGAGCAUGUCUACUUUCUCAUCCAACAAAUUCUUAGUCAACGGACAGCUCUCUUUUUCAACAGACAUAUUGACCAACUUAUUUUGUGUAGCAUAUAUGGAGUUAAUAAGAUCUUGAAUUUAGAUUUGACAUUUAAGGCAAUCAUUUAUAACUACAGAAAGCAGCCACAGAGUAGAACUCAAGUUUUCAGGAGUGUUUAUGUUAAUUGGUCAUCAAUCCAGAAUACGAAAAAGGGGCAUGAGCAUAUUGAUAUCAUUACCUUCUACAAUGAGGUAUUUAUUCCAUCUGUCAAGCCCUUAUUGGUGGAGCUUGGUUCUUCCAAAGUUGAAAACAGUAAUAGCUUGGCUCAAGAUAAGUCUAAUAAUCCCAUUGGCCAUAUUCCAUCUUCGCCCCGGUUGGCUAAUUUCCCAAAUCUUCCAGACAUGUCGCCGAAGAAAGUAUCUGCUUCUCAUAAUGUUUAUGUUUCGCCUUUGCGGCAGUCUAAGAUGGACGCUUUACUGGCGCCGAGUUCCAAGAGUUAUUACGCCUGUGUUGGCGAGAGCACUCAUGCUUUCCAGAGCCCAUCCAAAGACCUCAUGGUCAUUAACAGCCGCCUAAACUGCAGCGGCGGCGGCGGCGGCCGGAGAGUUGGAGGCCGCCUCAACUUUGAUCUAGUGAGCGACUCAAUUGUUGCAGGCAGCCUUGGACCUCAAAAUGGAAGCUCAGGCUCCUCAGCUGCUGUAGAAGUCACCGUGAAAAGUGAACAACCUGAUCUGUGAUAUUCGGUUGGUAUUUAUAAAGUCCUGUUUUUUCUUAUCUUAAAUAAAAAAGUUUCCUUUUUUUUUCAGGAAGAUUUACAUGCAUACCCCCUCAUUUUCUCUGUGUUUGCAUGUCUAACAACUGAUCUUCAAAUUUUAUAUGUAUAUCACCUUAACUGAUGCAUGAAAAGUUCCUUUUUUUUUACUUUUUCAUUGUUAAAAUGGCGGCAUUUUUGAUGGUGAUGUGAAUGAUUUAGGUGGUAUAAUGUAAAAGAAGUAAAAUUUAGGUGUUAGAUGUGUAAAUACAUGGGAAAUUAUGUGGUAUGCUUCGUAAAUACCUCUUUAUUUUAUUUUUUUAUGGAAUGGGAAAUCAUGCGCGCGCAGCAUUGUCUGUGCAUAAAUAGUUCGGCUGCCCCGUGAAUCCCUUUUUAUAUUAUGUAUUAGUAUAGUGUACAUCUCUGCUGAGAGAGAUGAAAGGCUGCGAAUGAAAAGCAUGUGUUAUGUAUUGGUGUGCUUGCAGGGGCCUAAUUUGUAAUUAUGCGAAUAUAUGUGUAAUUAUGCAUUUUCUUGAGGUGCUAUUGUGACAGCUACUUUUGUUUGUA